UGCCUGCACUCUCCCUGCCAGACCUCCAGCGAGGAGAGAUUUGGGACAGCCAGCCUCAGGUUUCCCCAGGAGGAUGCUCACUAUGGCUCCAGUCCCUUGGCCAUGUUGACAGCUGCAUGCAGCAAAUUUGGUGGCUCCAGCCCUCUGCGGGACUCAACAACACUGAGCAAAGCAGGCACAAAGAAGCCAUACUCUGAUCUUUCAGCUCCCAAAACCAUGGGGGAUGCCUACCCAGCCCCCUUUUCAAGCACCAACGGUCUCCUCUCACCUGCAGGCAGUCCUCCAGCACCCACCUCUGGCUAUGCCAAUGACUACCCACCUUUUUCUCAUUCAUUCCCUGGGCCCACAGGCACCCAGGACCCUGGGCUACUAAUGCCCAAGGGACACAGCUCUUCUGACUGCCUGCCCAGUGUCUACACCUCUCUGGACAUGGCACACCCAUACGGCUCUUGGUACAAGGCGGGCAUCCAUGCAGGCAUCUCUCCAGGCCCAGGCAACACUCCUGCUCCUUGGUGGGACAUGCACCCUGGGGGCAACUGGCUAGGUGGUGGGCAGGGCCAGGGUGAUGGGCUGCAAGGGACGCUGCCCACAGGCCCUGCUCAGCCUCCACUGAACCCCCAGCUACCUACCUACCCAUCUGACUUUAACCCCCUUAAUCCAGCCCCCUACCCAGCACCCCACCUCCUGCAACCAGGGCCCCAGCACGUCCUGCCCCAAGAUGUCUAUAAGCCCAAGGCUGUUGGCAAUAGUGGGCAGCUAGAAGGGAGUGGUGGAGCCAAACCACCUCGGGGUGCAGGCACUGGGUCCAGCGGUGGAUAUGGGGGCAGUGGGGCAGGGCGCUCCUCCUGUGACUGCCCCAACUGCCAGGAGCUAGAGCGGCUAGGGGCAGCAGCAGCUGGGCUGCGGAAGAAGCCCAUUCACAGCUGCCACAUCCCUGGCUGUGGCAAAGUGUAUGGCAAGGCCUCACACCUGAAGGCGCACUUACGCUGGCACACAGGAGAGAGGCCUUUUGUCUGCAACUGGCUCUUCUGUGGCAAGAGGUUCACCCGUUCAGAUGAGCUGGAGCGUCACGUUCGUACUCACACCAGGGAGAAGAAGUUCACCUGCCUGCUCUGCUCUAAGCGCUUUACCAGAAGUGACCACCUGAGCAAACACCAGCGCACCCAUGGCGAGCCAGGCCCAGGACCCCCUGCUAGUGGCCCCAAGGAGCUAGGGGAGGGCCAUGGCGUGGGAGAAGAGGAGACCAAUCAGACACCCCGACCUUCAGCCUCACCAGCACCCCCAGAGAAAGCCCCUGGAGGCAGCCCGGAGCAGAGCAACCUGCUGGAGAUCUGA